CUGAGAACACGAACCGAGCCGCCCGGAGCAGCUGCGCCCACACCCAUGCGUGCCUCGUAGGAUUCAAAAUCAUAAGCGAAACUGUUGAGAAUCAUGUCGACCCAAUGCUUUCGGGACGCAAGAAGUUUCGCAACCGGAAACGCAUCUGCAGGCGCUUCUAAGAGAGUCACCGCGACUUCAGGAGCGUCCGAGUUGAUAAACGACGGCGUCGUCGCUACGUCGUCAGUUAUACUCAUCGGCUCCUUCUUUUGGGUGCCGGCAUAUCUCUACCACUUGUGGAGAAACAAGUGCAAGACUCGGCGGCGAAAAGCUCUGUUCCUGGCCUGUCUAGUGGCGUUCCUGGCGGGGCCAAUGCCGGUGACUCGAAGAAUUACGAGGCUAUCGGUGUGGAACAGGGUCUGGAGAUACUUUUCCGGCAGUUUGGUGGGAGAGAUGGACGCUUGCAGAGGGAAGCAAUCGCUAUUUUGUCUCGUCCCUCAUGGAGUGUUUCCGUUUGGCGUCGCCCUCGCCUCUCUCGGGAGGGCAAACGAAACCGUCUUCAACGCCGCCAAGCCGGUUUGCGCUUCAAUUAUGCUGCGGACACCGAUCAUCGGGAAUAUUCUCCGCAUGAUUGGCGCCGUGGGAGCCUCUAGAGACACGAUGGACGACGCGCUAAAGCAAGGGCACUCGCUCAGUUUGGCGCCAGGUGGGAUCGGCGAGAUGUUCUUAGACGGAGAAGCGGGAAAAGAGUUUGCGCUCCUCAGGGGGCACAAGGGAUUCGUCCGAAGAGCGAUGGCGAAUGGAGUGCCUCUAGUCCCUGUUUACGUUUUUGGCAACUCCCAGACUUUCAAGCGUGUGCCUCUACCGGCUGCCCUAGAGAGCCUUUCGCGACUGCUAAAAGCGUCGCUAGUUCUAUUCUGGGGGAGAUGGGGCCUGCCAAUUCCGUUCAAGGUGCCAUUGACAUUUGCCUUCGGGGAGACAUUGGACAUCGAAAAGAACUUGUCGCCGUCAGAUGAGCAGGUGGACGCGGUUCAUGCUCGUUUCUGUGAAGCCCUGGCGGACGUGUUUGACCGAUACAAGGGAGCUUACGGCUGGGGUGAUACAAAAUUAGAACUUCGAUGACACGUGAACUCACCCACACCAAUGAGUUGUGUCUCUCUUUGUAAUAAGAGUAUACGGUGGUUGGGGCGGCACGAAGUCGCAGCUGCUGGUGCAACAAUCGUCUGUAGGCUUGUUCGUGGUACGAACAGCUGUAGAUAUCAAUCGCAUGUGGCCACGCCCCACCCAGGCAAACACUGAGAUGACAUUUGUGGACGAUAAGCACUUGCAGUUGGGGAAAAUUAAACCACAGCGGAAGUAGGUAUCCAUAGAGGCGAGAUGGACACGUGUAAUUUUGAGACCCGGAGGUGUUAGAGAUGUAGACAUCGCGCACUUCGUUUGGAGAAUGCGGCCAGCUCACGUUGCACGUGAUCUUAGGCUCGUUGUUAAAGCAACGGAAAAGUCGUGCAAUUUUCCACGGAACAGUGAAAAGAAACGACUUUUUUUCGCUUGUUUUAUUCGUGAUGUCAUCGCAAAAAGUACAUAUCCUUCCCUGAAUACACGCGUUGCUCGGCACACAACAGGUUGACUUGGUGUUGCUCACCAUAGAGUACCGGUAAAAGCGCGAUGAGCAGCACCCGACACAGAGCACAAAACACUUAGAAAGAUCCUAUCCACCCGGCCUGCUGUUUUCAAUUAUCAGUAUCAACAGGCGCAGGGCAGAGUGUCGCGACCUGGGUGUUGCUUGCGAUUCUUCAGUUUGCCAGCUUAUUUUUCACGGUUGCGACUCCCAUCUUGGACCACCACCUGCCCAAAGGUAGACAAGCUCAACAAUCAUCGGGCGGCAGCCGCGCUGACGGCCAGCAUCAUAUAGAUGGCCAAUCCGAAAGAAAUAGCGUGUCGGAGGCCCUGUUGCUCUUCUGCUGCGUGGUGCCGUGGAUUAAUGUUGACGUGUCCGACCACAAACAGAUCAUCUCGCCGCAUUUUUUCCAACGGCAUUUUGGUGAGGUGGCACACGUCUCUCACACACCUUACUGAGCAGCACCCAAGUACCCAAUACCCACGAAGCAGCACGGUGCCGGGAAAUGGUAUCAUAUAGACGGUCGAACCGAAGGAAUCAGCGCGUUGGAGGUCUUGGUGCUGCUGCUGUACUCGUUCUACUCUGUUUCCGUGUUUGCCAUGUAUGUGUGACUGAAAAUAAUUCCUCAGCACCAACAGCAGCAGUUG